GUGAUGUGGCCAUUGUGAGGCUCCCUACUAGCAUAAGCAAUUUAACGUCUGGUUUUGAGCAAUACUGAAAUUAAACUGUAAUCCAUAGAGGCUUUGGCUUGUGUUGAAUUCAUAUCUCAUGGGUUCGCUCGGCGCAGCACUGAGAGGUUAAUCGAUGCCCCCAUUCUUUUUCAGUGAGCCCACGUUUUCAUUGGCUGAUUCCUUACAAGCGGCUAAAGUGAUUGGCCUACGUGGUCUCCAUUGGGUUGCCCACUACGUGACGGCCAGUCGCAGUCAGCUGCCGUCGCCGCUGAUGGCAACAAUAGGAAUCGGCCACAUUUUCAGCAUCAUCUAUAUCCUACACAUCGCCUAUGAAGCGGAGAGGUAGACCAAACGCCCGCUGAUCGGAAUUCACUCUCCCGUUUAAAGUGAAGACACAUCGGCAGAAAGGAUCUUUUGGAAUACACAUUUCGAGAGCCGCUAUGCCAGCAGCACCCAGCCACCAGGACUUCUUUGCGGAGCUGCCGGGGGGAUGCCUGCUCCCUACGGUCCAGCAGGGCCUGGAGCAGACAUGGCCGCUCCUCCUCAUCUGCCUGGUCUGCCGCCUACUCUGGAGACUCAGCCUUCCCUCCUACAUGAAGCACCUGAGCACGGUGGCUGGCGGGUUCUACGUUCUCUACCUGUUCUUCGAGCUGCACAUGGUGUGGGUGGUCCUGCUCAGCCUGCUCUGCUACCUCAUCCUCUUCCUGUGCCGGCACUCUGCCAUCCGCGGAACCUUCCUCUGCAUCACCGUGAUCAUCUAUCUGCUGCUGGGCGAGGCACAUAUGACGGACACCACCACCUGGCACAAAAUGAGAGGUUCCCAGAUGGUGGUGGCCAUGAAGGCCAUCUCAUUGGCCUUUGAUCUGGACCGAGGGGUCGUGGAGAGCGUCCCUUCACCAGUGGAGUUCAUGGGGUACAUCUACUUCGUGGGCACAGUCAUCUUUGGGCCCUGGAUUAGCUACAGCAGCUACAAAGAGGCGGUUGAAGGCCGCCAGCUGAGUUUCAGGUGGUUCCUGAAAGCCUUCAGCAGCUGGGCCAAGAGUCUGUUCUGCCUGGUGGCCUCCAACUGUGUGGCUCCCUACCUCUUCCCCUACUUCAUUCCCAUCUACACGCUCCGCAAGAAGAGGCGAAAGAACAGGUGGCUGCUAGGGUACGAGAAUACCCUCUCCUUCCAUUUCAGCAACUUCUUUGUGAGUUACCUCAGCGAAACCACCACCACUUUGGCGGGCUCUGGCUUCACUGAGGAGAAAGAGAAUCUAAAGUGGGACUUAACAGUGUCAAAACCGCUCGACGUGGAGUUUCCCAGGUCCAUGGUGGAGGUGGUGACCUCCUGGAACCAGCCUAUGUCUCGCUGGCUGAACACCUAUGUCUUUAAAAGUGCCCUCAAGUUCGGAAGCUUCACCGCCAUCAUUAUUACCUACACAGCCAGUGCACUGCUUCACGGCCUGAGCUUCCAUCUUGGGACUGCGCUCUUAUCUCUCGCCUUCAUUACGUAUGUGGAGCACGUGUUCAGGAAAAGACUAGCCACCAUCUUAAAUGCGUGCGUCUUGUCCAGGAGAUGUCAGCCAGAUUGCAGUCAUGCACACAAGAAGGUUUUCUGGGUGUACCUCAUAAACCUGGUCUUCAGUGGGCUGGCACUCCUGCAUCUGGUCUACCUGGGCUCCGUGUUUGACUCCAACUCAGAUGACACGGGGGAAGACGAGGAGAGCAUAGCCAAUCACACUAUCAGGAAGUGGACUGAGCUGAGCUGGUCCAGUCACUGGGUCACCUUCGGCAGCUGGGUACUCUACCGCAUGAUCCUUUAACAGCACAAAGAAGGGAGAACCCAGGAAGAACAGCAACAUUCUGGGCAAGAGCAGGAGAAGAGUCGAGAAGAGAAGAG